CCGCCAUGUUGGGAGCCGCGGGGCGCUGAGGCGGCGGCGGCGGCGUGAGGAGGCGGCGGCGGCGGCCGGGCCGGGCCGGGCGGACCCCGCCCGCUCCCCCUGCUCCUCUCCCGGCCCCCCAAAUGCCGCUGGCCUGGCCCCCCCCCGCCCCCUGAGCUCCCCCGCUUCCCCUUCCCCCUCCCCGCACACCGCCUGCCGCGGCUUCCCCCUAUCGCGAUAGUCGCCGGCGGCGCGGGGGGGGGGCCGCCAUGUCGAGCAGCGGUCGCAGCCCUUUGCCGACCGUCAACGAGAGGGACGCGGAACAGCCCGGCGCCGUGGAGGGCAAGGGCGGCGGCAAGGCCAGCAUGCUGCGGGGCCGCAACGCGGGCACGGCCGCCGAGGAGCAGCCCCACAUCGGCAACUACCGGCUGCUCAAAACCAUCGGCAAGGGCAACUUCGCCAAGGUCAAGCUGGCCCGGCACGUCCUCACCGGCAAGGAGGUGGCCGUGAAAAUCAUUGACAAGACGCAGCUGAACUCGUCCAGCCUGCAGAAGCUCUUCAGGGAAGUGCGGAUCAUGAAGGUCCUGAACCACCCCAACAUAGUGAAGCUCUUUGAGGUGAUCGAGACGGAGAAGACGCUGUACCUGGUCAUGGAGUACGCCAGCGGGGGUGAGGUGUUUGAUUACCUGGUGGCCCACGGGCGCAUGAAGGAGAAGGAGGCGCGGGCCAAGUUCCGACAGAUAGUGUCGGCCGUGCAGUACUGCCACCAGAAAUUCAUCGUGCACAGGGACCUCAAGGCCGAGAACCUGCUGCUGGACGCCGACAUGAACAUCAAGAUCGCCGAUUUCGGCUUCAGCAACGAGUUCACGUUCGGGAACAAGCUGGACACGUUCUGCGGCUCGCCGCCCUACGCCGCCCCCGAGCUCUUCCAGGGCAAGAAGUACGACGGGCCCGAGGUGGACGUGUGGAGCCUGGGGGUCAUCCUGUACACGCUGGUCAGCGGCUCGCUGCCCUUCGACGGCCAGAACCUCAAGGAGCUGCGGGAGCGCGUGCUGCGGGGCAAGUACCGCAUCCCCUUCUACAUGAGCACCGACUGCGAGAACCUGCUCAAGAAAUUCCUGAUCCUCAACCCCACCAAGAGGGGCACCCUGGAGCAAAUCAUGAAGGACCGCUGGAUGAACGUGGGCCACGAGGACGACGAGCUGAAGCCCUACAUGGAGCCCGUGCCUGACUACAAGGACCCCCGCAGGACAGAGCUGAUGGUGUCCAUGGGCUACACGCGCGAGGAGAUCCAGGAGUCGCUGGUGGGGCAGAAGUACAACGAGGUGAUGGCGACGUACCUGCUGCUGGACCACAGGAGCUCCGAGCUCGAUGACAGCCUGGCCCUCAAGCCCCGCGUGGCCCCGGAGGUCGCCAACAGCUCGGGCCCCUCCCCCGCGCACAAGGUGCAGCGCAGCGUGUCAGCCAACCCGAAACGGAGAGUGAGCGACCAGGCCGGGCUCUCCAUCCCCACCUCGGCCUCGUACUCGAAGAAAACGCAGGCGGCCAACGCCGAGAACAAGCGGGGAGGAGGAGGAGGAGGAGCGGGAGGAGGAGGAGGAGGAGGAGGAGCCGGGGAGGAAGAGGGCGGCGGGGGCGGGGGGCGCCGCGCGGGCAGCACGGCCAAGGUGCCCCCGAGCCCCCUGCCCGGCCUGGAGCGCUCCAAGGGCACCCCCUCCCCAUCCACGAACAGCGUCCUGUCCACGGGCACCACGCGCAGCCGCAACUCCCCCCUGCUGGAGCGCGCCAGCCUGGGCCAGAGCUCGCUGCAGAACGGCAAGGACAGCGCUGCCCCCCCCCGGGUCCCGGCCGCCUCCCCCUCCGCUCACAACGUCAGCCAGGGCGGGGGUCCCGCCGAGCGGCCCAGCUUCCCGCGGGGGGUCUCGAGCCGCAGCACCUUCCACGCGGGGCAGCUGCGGGCGCCCCGGGACCCCCGGGACCCCCGGGACCCGCUGGGCUACGCGCUGCCCCCCGGGCUGCCCCCGCCCGCCUCGCCCUCGGGCGCCAGCCAGGGCCGGCGCGCGCCCUCGGCCAGCCUGUUCAGCAAGUUCACCUCCAAGUUCGUGCGCAGAAAUCUGUCUUUCAGGUUUGCCAGAAGGAACCCCCACGAGCCCGAGAGCAAGGAGAGGGUGGAGACCCUCAGACCCGCGGUGGGCCCCGACAAGGACCCCCGCGACGCCGGGCGCGACGCCAAGCCGCGCUCGCUGCGCUUCACGUGGAGCAUGAAGACGACGAGCUCGCUGGAGCCCGGGGAGAUGCUGCGCGAGAUCCGCAAGGUGCUGGACGCCAACAGCUGCCGCUGCGAGCCCCAGGAGCGCUUCGUGCUGCUCUGCGCCCACGGCGCGCCCGGCCACGACUCCUUCGUGCAGUGGGAGAUGGAGGUGUGCAAGCUGCCCCGGCUCUCGCUCAACGGCGUCCGCUUCAAGCGCAUCGCCGGCACCUCCAUGGCCUUCAAGAACAUCGCCUCCAAGGUGGCCAACGAGCUCAAGCUCUGAGCCACGGCGGGGACGGCUGGGGCAGCCGCCGAGCUCCGGGGACACGGACACGGUGACAGUGACCCGGGAGUGGCCGUGGAGCUCCAGGGACACGGACACGGUGACCCAGGAGUGCCUCCAAGGUGGCCGUGGAGCUCAAACUCUGAGCCACACGUGUGUGCUGGGGACAUGGGGUGGCCAUGGAGCUCUGGGGACAUGGACAUGGAUACCCAGGAGUGGCUCCAAGGUGGCCAUGGAGCUCCAUGGACAUGGACAUGGAGAGCCAGGAGUGGCCAUGGAGCUCUGGGGACACGGACAUGGACACGGUGACCUGGGAGUGCCUCCAAGGUGGCCACGGAGCUCAAGCUCUGAGCAACGGAUGGGACAGUGGAGUCACCUGGGGACAGCUGGGGUGGCCACGGAGCUCUGGGGACACGGACAUGGAGAUCCAGGAGUGGCCACCAAGCUGCGGCUCUUGGGGACACGGCCACGGCCACCUUGGAGCUCUGGCUCCUGGGGACACCUCAGGGCUGUCACUCCUGGGGACACGGCCACGGCCACCUCGGGGCUGCGGCUUUUGGGGCACGGCCACGGUGACCUGGCUGUGGUGACCUGGCUGUGGUGACCUGGGAGUGCCUCUGGGGUGGCCACGGAGCCACGGACACGGUGGGGACACCCACGGGGGGACACGGGGGCUCCAGGAUGGACCUGGGGGCUCCAGGAUGGACCUCGAGCCUGUCCAGGCCUUGGUGGGCACGUCCUGGAUGGAGCCAGGAGCUCCUGGGGUGGACCUGGAGCUCCUGGAUGGACCUGGGAUGGAGCCAGGAGCCCUGGAUGGAGCUGCUGUGGGGUCCAGGAACAGCCUGGAUGGACCUGGGACCUCCAGACGGAUCUGGGGGAACUCGGGGCUGAACCUGGGAGCUCCCGGGGUCACCUGGCUGGACCUUGUGGGGGUCCAGGUGACCAUGGGGACACCUGGAUGGAGCUGAGACCGCCUGGGGACACCCGGGGCCAUCCUGUGGCAUCAUGGGGACAUCCUGGGACCCCUUGGGGACAUCCUGGUGGCACCUUCUGGGGAGGCUCAUUGGGGACAGGAGAGGUGGCCCAGGGCCCUUCUGAGGGGCCCGGGGACAUCCCGGGGGGCUCAGGGCACGCGUGGGGACAUCCUGGGGGUCCCUGAGCCUUACGGGGGACACGGGGACACUCCGGGGGUGGCCUUAGGGGGGGUGGGGGUGUCCCCUCCCCCCUGCCGGUGUCCCCCUGCCCCUCCCCCCCCCUUGGGGACAGAGCUGUCCUUGCCCCUCCCCCCAGGGCUGACCCCGCCCCCCAGGGCUGCCCCUCCCCCCGCACUCAGGAAGGCCCCGGUAUGGGUGGGGGAGGGGCGGGGCCGGGGGUGGGGCCUCCCUUCCCCUCCCCCCAUUUCUGUCCUGCUGUAGCCCCGCCCCGGGCACCGCCCCUGGGCGCGGGGACACUCCGGGGGGAGGGGCCAAGCCCAGGCCACGCCCCCUCUGCGUUGGAUUUUCCAGGUUCUGAUUAAAAACUUUCCAGAAAGA